UCAGUUCCUGCUGUCGCUCACGUGACUGUGCGACCCGGGGAGCGAUGGCGGUGCGGCUGGUCGGCUUCCUGGUGCUGCUGGGGCUCGCGGCGCGCGGGCCCGCGCCGGCACGUGCCGGGAAGAUGAAGGUGGUGGAGGAACCCAACACAUUCGGGCUGAAUAACCCGUUCCUGCCCCAGGCAAGUCGCCUUCAACCUAAGAGAGAGCCUUCGCCUGUGUCUGGGCCCCUGCAUCUCUUCAGACUUGCUGGCAAGUGCUUCAGCCUAGUGGAGUCAACGUACAAGUAUGAGUUCUGCCCUUUCCACAACGUGACCCAGCAUGAGCAGACCUUCCGCUGGAACGCCUACAGCGGUAUCCUUGGCAUCUGGCAUGAAUGGGAAAUCGCCAACAAUACCUUCAAGGGCAUGUGGAUGACUGAUGGGGACUCCUGCCACUCCCGGAGCAGGCAGAGCAAGGUGGAGCUCACCUGUGGAAAGAUCAACCGACUGGCCCAUGUGUCUGAGCCAAGCACCUGUGUCUAUGCACUGACAUUCGAGACCCCCCUUGUGUGCCAUCCCCACUCUUUGUUAGUGUAUCCAACCCUGUCGGAGGCCCUGCAGCAGCGCUGGGACCAGGUGGAACAGGACCUGGCAGACGAGCUAAUCACACUGCAGGGCUAUGAGAAGUUGCUCAGGGUGCUUUUUGAGGAUGCUGGCUACUUAAAGGUCCCAGGAGAAACCCAUCCCACCCAGCAGGCAGGAGGUUCCAAGGGCCUGGGGCUUGAGACCCUGGACAACUGUAGAAAGGCACACUCAGAGCUGUCACAGGAGGUACGAAGACUGACCAGUCUGCUGGACCAACAUGGAAUCUCCCACACUCAGCCCACAGAAACCACCCACUCUAAGCAUCUGGGUCAGCAGAUCCUCAUAGAUGCUACCUCAGAGCAGCUGCGGGGUGAUCCAGGACUACGUGGGAACACCCUGUGAUCUAGGCGGCAUGAGAGAUAAAGAAACAUCCUCAGUGGCAAAUGUCCUUCCAGAGAGGACAGGUGUGGUCUCAGUGGGGUGCACAGAACUGGUGUGGUGGGGACAUGAUUUCUUUGGCAUCUUCUAGGUCAGGCGGGGUCACUGACAGACACAGGAACCUGCUGGCUAGCCUUGGUUGUGCCCAGAAACACAGACAGAAUAAAUUUCAAAGUUUUAAUUAAUCUCAUACUGAUAAAAAAUAACUCCAUGAAUUCUGUAAACCAUUGCAUAAAUGCUAUAGUAAAAAAAUUUAAACAAA